GUUGUUUCUGCAUUUGCAUUAUUUCAGCUUGUGAAAUUAAAAAGAAUUUAUUUACGUUUAUGUUACGUACCACGCAGUUGUUAACGAUUAAUCAGAGAAAUUUAAACUAAAUCCAAAUAGUGUUUGUUUAAAAGAAAGAUGUUUUACUGCGAGGGCGUUACGGACCACAGUUCAUUGCCUUAUGUAAAACUUGAAAUUGUGUUUCUUCCGUGAACGACCGAAAUAAUACGGUGUCCUUUGUGUAUAAUGAGUGUUAGUGUUAUAGUUCAAUAAAAAGUGUGAAAAUGUCGACAUCAUCAGCGCAAGUGCUGAUGAAAAAAGGUAAACGAGGUGCAGCUGGGUAUAUACACGCGGAAUGCGUAAACGGAUCCCCCCAGCACCUUGGACCACUUUUGGAUGUGCUGCUUAAUCCGAGCAAGUCUAUUGAUGAGUGGGAGACGAUGGAUUGGUGCCGCUGGCUCAUAGCUGGCGGCAGAACGCCGGACGAAUUCGCGGCCAUAGUCCGGAGCUACGACAAACACGACAAAUGCGGCCUGGUGUGGAUACCGCGCGUCGUCGCUUACCGAUGUCGCACGUGCGGCAUAUCGCCGUGCAUGUCCAUCUGUCGCGAGUGCUUCCACCGCGGUGACCACUCGACGCACGACUUCAACAUGUUCCUGUCGCAGGCAGGUGGCGCGUGCGACUGUGGCGACAAGUCUGUUAUGAAAGAGGACGGGUUCUGCAGUAAUCACGGGAACAAGUGCCCUCGCCCGGGGACGGCGCCGGCCGAGCUGAUGUGCGUCGCGGAAGCAAUGAUGCCCCGACUCAUACUGCGGCUACUUCAGCAUUUCAGGGAGAACAGUGCAACACCAACACAGGCGCAGACGCAGUCCGACAGUUACAGAAAGGCGGUGCAGGAGUGUGAAUAUUACGUCCAGAUGCUUAUGGAGUUCAACAACAUGGGAGACCUGAUGCGAUCUGCUAUGACGCAAGCUCUCAUCAACCCACAAAUGUACCGUAAUCUUGUGGUGCCGCCGUUCCCCGACACAGAAUAUGGAUGCUAUAUGGCCGAGUCACACAAGAUGUAUGAGAAGGCAAUAGACUCAUUUCCAGCGCCGGAACCACCUGACGACUAUAAACACCUGCCCGCGUUGGCGCCUCGGUUGCAGCACAACACGUUACUAGACGAAUUUAUAUUUUGGACAUUCAAGUAUGAGUUCCCUCAGAAUAUUGUUUGUUUCCUGCUCAACAUGCUACCCGAUCAGGACUAUAAGGAGCAUCUAACCCGUACGUUCGUGAUGCACUACGCGCGUAUCCCGUUAGUGCUUGAGGCGGCGUCCGACCCGGACACGUUGUCCAAUCGAGUCGUUCACAUGUCCGUACAACUGUUCUCCAACGAAGCGCUCGCACUCCGCUGCGUGCAGCAACUCCACCUCCUCCACGUCAUGGUGCUCUCACUCCGGCUCAUGAUGGGCAAGAUCCUCGUGCAGAACACACUCCACGAUCCAGAAAAGAAUUUCCACUACGUGAUAGAUUGUACGCGCCGCGUUAUGAGAGAACACUGCUACUGGCCACUCGUUUCGGACUUUAAUAACGUGCUGUCUCAUAAGAGUGUAGCUUUACUGUUCUUGCAAGAUGACGCGCUCGUUGAUAUGUGGUUCGAGUUUCUGUCUAUGCUGCAAGGCAUGAACGUGAACGUGCGCGAGGUGGGCACGCACAUCGAGUUCGAGCCGUCGUCAUACUACGCGGCGUUCUCGUGCGAGCUGGAGGCGGCCGCGUACCCGAUGUGGUCGGUGCUGGGACAUCUCACCGAGCCUGCCCACGCGCCGCUCGCUCGCAGACUGCUGGCCGCCGCCCUCACCUGCCUGCACGAGUGGCUCGACGCCGUGCACUUCCCCGCGGCCGCGCUGCAGCGGUCGGAGGUGAUGCAGGCGUCGUUCCACUUCCCGCUGCACCGGUACCUGGCGGCGUUCCUGUGCGCGGGGGUGCGCCACAUGGGGCUGGCGGCCGCCGCCGUGCUGCCGCCGCCCGACCUCCUCGCGCUGCUCGCAGUGCACCCGCUCCGAGUACAGAGUUUAUUCUACGAGAUCCUGGCGGGGAUAUGGGUGCGCAACGGGUUACAGAUCAAAGGGCAGGCGAUGACGUACAUACAGGCCAACUUCUGCAACUCCAUGGUCGAUAUGGACAUAUACUGGCUCCAGAUCUGCGCAGCACACCUGCCCGCCGACCAGUUCCUAGACAUGUGUAUUGAUAUGUUCGGUGUCCGGGAAUGGUUGAGCAUGCUGCCGAUGACGUUGGUGCAAGCCUCUGAACAGGACGCGAUGGUGGAGGGUCUACUCACCUUCCUGGCCAUACUCGUCUCUUCGCAGACUAAUCUAGGAAACGACGAGUUGACGCAGUCCCGGCUGGAGGUAAGCACCCUCCUCGCAGCCGGAGACAAGACACACUCGCAGCUACUUGAGCUGAUGCCGGAGAGGUCCGGGAAUGCUCACACGAAGAACUUCGAGACCGUGCUCAAGGAGGUGUCAACGUACCGGCCGCCGCCGAAGGGCUCCGAGAACCUGGAGCAGGGUCUGUUCGUGCCGAAGCCGAUCGUGUGGGAGCAGUACUACGACCCGCUGCACGUGCUGCGCCGCGCCGUACACCGCCGGGACUUCCACGCCUCCAUGGACCGGUUCACGGCCUACGUGCGCGAGAAACAGAAGGACGCGGGCACGAGUGCGGGCACCGGUGCGGGCGCGGGCGGCGGCGUGCUGUGGCCCCCGCUGCGGGCGCCCCGGCCCGGCCCGCCCGGAGCGGGGGAUCCCCGCGCGCUCUGUGCUUCAGGCGUGCUGCACGGCGCGCUGCUGGCCGUGCUGCACCGCGGUGUACACCGGCGCGCGCCCGACGCGGCCGCGCCGCACGCGCCGCCCGACCACGUGCUCGCGCUCGCGCUCUACCUGCUCGACGUCGCCGCCGAGCUCGCCGCCGAGCGCGCGCGCGACCACCACCGCGACGUGUGCGUGGCGGAGGGUGCGUCGCCUGCGCGUGUUUCUGGCGUUCCUCUGCUGGGCGCGUUCGCGGGCUCCGCCGUGUGCGACAACGCGCGCACCGUGGUGCUGGCCGUGCCCGCGCACCGCGCGCCCGCGCCGCACGCGCCGCACGUGUACCCCUCGCACUACCACUCCGACAGUGACACAGAAUGGGAACCAUCAGAAUCGGUAAAUACGAGACUUCCAUCACUAGCGAAGACUGUGUCCCUGCCUACGACGAGCACAGCGCUGGCAGUCCCCACAUUAUUACAGGUUGUUAGAGGCAACUCAGUAUCAGACGAACAAUCGGACGCGAGUGGUGAUGCGCCGCAUAUACGAGCGUUAGAGGAGGCGCCGUCGCUGGCGCUGCAGCUGGUGGAGCCUCCCGCCGAGCACCGCGUGGCGCUGGCGCUGCCGCCGCCAGACACCCCGCCGGGCGCCGGGACAUACGCUGUAUUAUGGUGUUGCCAUUCCUUAGAACAUAUAUCGUGCCAUCAUAUCAUCGGCAUAUCUAGUUCUCCAAUCGAAACACUACUGCUUGCCAGCAAAUUAGGCAGUGUACUCAUAGAAGAGCUGGAGGCCCCGGGCGCGUGGUGCGCGCGCGCCCCCGCGCUGCCCGCGCCCCCCGCGCCCCCCGCGCCGCACCCCUCCACCAGCACGCAGGUACAAGUACACAAUAAGCAACAUGAGGAAUCGAUACCAGUGAACGAGUCCAUCAUAUCGCUGCUACUCAAACUACACUCGCAGCUCUCCGGCCGACUGGACUCCUUCUCAUUGGACGAGCCCGCACCGACCACGACUGAACCUAUAGGCGACGGCCCUCACUUCAUCGGCGGCGUGCUGCGCAAGCUGGCGCGGCUGGACGCGCGGUGUGCCACCGCCAUCGAACACGUGCGCCACUCGCUGUGGCCGCACCAGCGCGAGCGGCAGGCCGAGCAGCGCGCCAGAGAGCGUCAAGAGAAGGAGGAGCGUUCCCGUCGCGCGCGCGAGCGUCAGCAGCAGUUGAUGCGCGAGUUCGCGCGGCGCCAGCAGCAGUUCAUGUCGGCGAUGCAGGUGGACGGCAGCGACGCCGCCAUGGACUGGGACGAGGACGACCUGGAGAAGGACUACGACUGCGUCAUCUGCAACACCACCGCGCCCACCACCGCCGCUGACCCUAUAGGUCUCGUCGUGCUGCUGCAGUCGACGUCAGUGCUGGGGCACAGGCGGCGCGUGGAGGCGGAGGGCGGGGACGGCGGGGAGAGCGCGGGGGGCGCGGCAGCCAUGCCGGCCGCGGGCGCGGGAGCGGCGGGGGGCGCGGGCGCGGGGGCGGGGGCGGGGGCGCGGCUGCCGCUGUCGGAGGCGGAGCGCGCGCGGCUGGCGCUGCAGCGAGAGACCACCGCCGCCGCACACCACUACCGCAUGCACGACGACCUCGGGGAACACUUCGACAAGGAGUCGUGGCUGCUGAGCGUGUCGGUGGGGUGGGAGGGCGGCGUGCACGUGCAGACGUGCGGCCACCACCUGCACCUGCGCUGCCUGCAGCUGUACCUGCGCUCGCUGGCGGCGCCGCAGCGUCCUCACAACCUGCACGUGGAGCGCGGCGAGUUCCUGUGCCCGGUGUGCCGCCAGCUGGCCAACUCCGUGCUGCCGCUGGCGCCCGCGCCGCGCCCCGCGCCCCGCGCGCCCCGCGCCGCGCCCCGACACAACCUCCUCGACAUGCUGCACCAGGACAGGCCCGCGCCGAGUUCGUCGCGGCUGUCGGAGGCGAUGGGCAAGGCGAUGAAGGAGCUGACGGCGAUGGCGAGCAACAAGCUGCGGCAGCGGUACGGCGUGUCCCCGGCCGGCAUCUUCACGUUCGUGGCGUCGCUGGUGCGCACCAACCUCGAGUGCGAGCUGGUGCAGCGCGGCGGGGCGCUCGCCGCCCGCGCCCGGUACAAGCCGCGCGGGGACUGCAUACUGCCGCUGAUGUCCGUGGCCGGCGCGCACGUGCGCGUGCUACGCGAGGCGGGCGCGGGGCUGGGCGCCGCGGACACGUGGCGCGAGCUGGCGGCCUGCGGGCUGGCGGGGCCCGGGCCGGGCGCGGAGGGCGGCGCGGGCCCGCCCGUGGCGGCGGCGGUGGCGGCGGCGGCGGACGCGCGCCCCGUGCCGCUGCUGCUGCGGGACCCGCUCGCGCUGCUCAUGCAGUUCGUGCUGCUCGCGCCCGACAGCCCGCCCCACAUGGACAUACAACACUUCAACUGCAUUGUGAGCGCGCUGUACGCGUUGAGCUACUACCAAGUGGUGUGCCAGUUCAUCGCGAGCACCACCGCGGAGGGCCGCGCGGCGCUGGCGGGCGGUGCGGGGGGCGCGGGGGGCGCGGGGGGUGCGGGGGGCGCGGACAGUGAGGGGGGCGCGGCGGGAGAGAGCGUGGUGCGCGGCGCGGCGCGCGUGCUGCUGUCCGCCCUGGCACACUCCGACCUCUUCACGGAGGACGGGCCCCCGCAGCGGCGCGCGCCCGCACUGCACCACGCCGCACUCGAGGCGCAGUUGCAAGAGCUGCUGUUGCCGUUCCUGCGCAUCUCAGCGCUGCUGCGGCACCACAUGUACGGCGGCGCGCUGCCCGAGGGCGAGGGCGGGCCGUCGCAGGAGUUCGCGCGGCUGGCGCACUACCUGCAGCUCGCCCCCGACGCCCGCCUCCGCGGCGCCGGCCGCUGCCUGCCGCCGCACGCCGCGCCCGCCGCCCCCGCGCCGCGGGCCUGGGCGCGCGCGCUCGCUGCUGCCGCCGCGCGCGGCCAGCUCGUGGUGCGGCGCCUGCUGCGCAGCGCGUGGUCGCGGUGGGCGGGCCCGGCGCUGCUGGCGCUGCCGCGCGACUACGACCGGCUGUUCUCGUACUACCACGAGCGCGUGUGCCUGCAGUGCGGCGCCGUGCCCAAGGAGGCCUCCGUGUGCCUGCUGUGCGGGACGCUCGUCUGCCUCAAGCAGCCCUGCUGCCGCCGGCAGGACGUCGCCGAGGCCGUGCAGCACGCGAUGGAGUGUGGUGGCGGCACGGGCAUCUUCCUGGUGGUGACGUCCACCUACAUCGUGGUCAUCCGCGGACGACGCGCCUGCCUCUGGGGCAGCCUCUACCUCGACGACUACGACGAGGAGGAUCGGGAUCUCAAACGUGGCAAGCCUCUGUACCUGAGCCAGGACCGGCUGGAGCUGCUGCAGGCGCAGUGGCUCGCGCACCGGUUCGACCACACCAAGCGCACGUGGGUGUGGCACAGAGACUCGCUCUGAGUGCGUCCCCCGCCCGCCGCGCGCACUCGGGACCCGCCCUGUGCACGCAACCAUACCUGCAGGUGAUAUCGACCGAUGGCCUUAUAGUUGUUAUAACCGCUUCUGGAAUGUUCUGGAAUGUUCACGCAGCGUGCCCGCCGCUAA